GAGUGACAGAGAGAAUUGCUUUAUAAGACCGCAUAAAGAGACACCACAACUUUCUCUUCUAUUCAUUCACUUCCCUCAACGCAAAAUUUAGAGACUUUCCGAGGAGGAAAACAAAAAAGUUUAAUUAUAUAAGAAAUUUGAGGGGUUUUUUUUGUUUGUGAAAUUCGAUUCCUUUUCUUCACCGUCAAUUCUCUAUAAAGUAAAAAAAUACUCGCCGACCAUUCUUUCAUAUCCAUUUUUCUCAUAUGCUCUCAUCAGACAGCAAAACCAAACUAAAGAAAGCCACUUUGGUUGUCUGUAACUUCUGAGGUUCGAUUCUUGUUGAUGAUGAAUUGAUGAUGAUGUUGAUGGUUUGAUGCAGAUGGGUUUUCAGAAAUUUCGCUCCUUUAUCUAACCAUAUCAAAAGCUUUAGAACUUGUUUAACAUUACUAGACUACAAAAUUUGCAGAUAAUCUGUGUCCAAAUGGAUGCUACAACGAGUGGAAAACCGGCUUUACAGUACCAUAACUUACCGGAGCAACCGGUUUCGACUACUUCUCCUCCUGUGAGUCCAUAUCAGAGGCAAAAACGCCAUUGCUUUGGGGACGCAACUCCUGGAGAGUUUCCUUUAGCAGCUAGCCCUUCCAUUGUCCUUCAUGUUCUCACUGAAUGUAAAUUGGAUCCUCGUGACCUCGCGAAUCUAGAGGCAACAUGCUCGUUCUUUAGCCAGCCAGCAAACUUUGCACCGGACUGUAGCUUAUCGCUACCGGAGCUCGCUGCUCUCGACAUGUGUAAUAAAAGGGUGAUUUUCAAGCCUAUGAAUGAAGAAGAACGUCAAGAAAUGAAACGCAGAUGCGGAGGAUCAUGGAAAUUGGUCCUUAGGUUUUUGCUGGCUGGUGAAGCGUGUUGUCGAAGAGGCAAAUCUCAAGCAGUUGCUGGUCCUGGUCAUAGUAUAGCUGUGACAUCAAAAGGCGAAGUUUACACUUUUGGUUGUAAUAACUCUGGACAGCUAGGACAUGGCCAUACAGAUGAAGAAACUCGGAUUUUGCCAGUCAGAUCAUUGCAGGGAAUCCGAAUCAUCCAAGCUGCAGCUGGUACUGGUCGGACAAUGCUAAUAAGCGAUAAUGGGAAUGUUUACACUUGCGGGAGAGAUUCUUUCGGCGAGGCUGAUUAUGAAGGGGAAAGGACUAGACCGGUUACAACACCUCAGCUCGUAACGUCUUUAAAGAACAUAUUUGUUGUGCAAGCGGCGAUAGGGAACUUCUUUACAGCUAUUCUCUCCCGAGAAGGAAAAGUUUAUACACUCUCGUGGGGCAACGAUGGUAGACUCGGACACCAAACCGAGGCUGGGGAUGUCGAGCCACGUCCUUUGUUAGGACCUCUCGAGAAUGUACCCGUUGUGCAGAUUGCUGCUGGUUAUUGCUACCUUCUUGCCUUAGCUUGUCUACCAAAUGGCAUGUCGGUUUACUCGGUUGGUUGUGGUUUGGGAGGGAAGCUUGGUCACGGGUCAAAAACAGAUGAGAAGUAUCCUAAGGUUAUCGAGCAGUUUAAGCUAUUGAAUCUUCAACCUAGGGUGGUUGCAGCGGGUGCUUGGCAUGCUGCAGUGGUAGGUCAAGACGGGAGAGUGUGCACUUGGGGUUGGGGAAGAUACGGUUGCUUAGGACACGGUGACGAGGAGUGUGAAUAUGUUCCCAAGGUUGUUCAAGGGCUAAGCCAUGUCAAGGCGGUUCAUGUCGCAACAGGAGAUUACACUACUUUCGUGGUCUCUGAUGAUGGCGAUGUUUACUCGUUUGGUUGUGGAGAAUCUGCUAGUCUUGGUCACCAUCAAGAUGUUGAUGAACAGGGCAAUGGACAUGAGAAUGUGCUGAGUCCAGCUUUAGUAACAUCGUUGAAACAAGCCAAGGAGCGGAUGGUUCAGAUUAGUCUAACGAACGCGAUACAUGGGAAGGCUCAUACGUUUGCGCUCACGGAAUCAGGGAAGUUAUUCGCAUUUGGUGCAGGCGAUAAAGGUCAGCUUGGAACAGAGCUUGGUCGUAACCGAACCGAAAGGUGUGUACCGGCAAAAGUGGAUAUCGAUCUCAGCUAAUUAAGCGGUUUAGCGGUUUGUUGGCAAGGAAGGAAAAUUGCGUUUUGCUUUUAAAUGUUUAAAAGACUUUGGAAGGGUGUACAAAAGGAGUGGGGGAACAUAAGUUAAGGAACUUGUCUUAACAUUUCAUUGUAUAGGGUUUUCUAGAUUAUUCUAAUUGUUCAUGGUAAUGUCUUUUAGGUUACGUUGUUAAUAAUUGUCGAAUCCAUUUUAUUGUAAGGUUCAGUCUCUAUUUCAUUUGUUUUUGUUAUAAAA